AUGACAGCUACUGAAAAACUAGCGCUGAUCUGGAGCCUGUGGACGGCAGUGAGCUUCGCAGCUGGACUUGGUGAGGAACUUAAUUUGAUAUCCCCCUACACUACAGCGGGGUGAGCCAUAGACAUCUUUAUGUAUUUCUAUGGGGUAAGCUUCACUUGCUUUUUGACUUCUCUUCUAAUCGGAUGUUUGAUGCUGAAAGUUAAUCUGGUUUGAUAUGGAUUAGACAUGGAUGUGUUUUUUCCCCCCAAUACUAAACAAAAAGGGAUGUAGGCUAUCAUAUAAAACAAUAAUCUGCUCGUGAGAUAACAGGUGUACUGGACUAACAAAUACGUCUUCCAAAUUGUGCAGAAUUUACAAAUUAGCAACGGUAUGAUUAAUCAUGUUCACAUUAAUUUAUUUGGUCAUCAAGUGGCAAUGGUCAAUGUUGUUCCUUCAGAUGAGCACCCUUGCCCCAAAGGAGCCCAGGUCCAUCUGGCCAGUCUGCAAUGCUAUUGGCUGUCAGAGUCAGCGACAUCAUGGCUGGAGGCGAAGGGUAUUUGUCGUCAGGUGAAGGGUGGGGAUCUAGCCGCAGUCCAAAGCACUGAAACUCAGACAUUCAUCCACAACUCCUUCCCAUCGUGAGUAAACAGUUUAUGAUCUUUCUAACGGAUUUAUACAGUAUAUUCUGUCACCUGACUACACUGUAAUUCACUUAAUUCCCCACCACCCCCUCUUAAAUGUUUUUGUAUAUGUAUCUUUCUGUAUAGAAAAUCCACUGAGUGGGUCUGGCUGAGGGAUGGCAGGGGAGAAGGGCCGGAUAGAGGCGAGAGUUUGGGAACGGAAAGCCAUCCUGGGUGGGACAGGGGCAGGGAGAGUAUGGGGGGCUGUACCCAGAUGGCCCUGGGUUCACCAGGACAGAGGAGGAACACAGUGUGUGACGGACAGUACCUCUGCCUCUGUGAGAAGGUGGUUACAGGUGAGACUGCAUGGAGAGUUUACUGCAUUAAUACGACAUUGCAAACUAUAAUUCAGAAUUAAAUGUGUUUGUUGUCUUCAUAGGGAGACCUAAGGGGUGUAACAUUGUCACAAAUUAACACAUUUGUGAGCAUGCUGUAUAUUGCAGUGUGCUAAUGGAUGUGUGUAUGUUUCCGCUGUCUCCUGUAGUUUCCCUGCCUUCGUUAGACAGCUACCUGACAGGUGUUCCUCUCAUGUCGGCCGUGUAUGCCAGGUCACAGCUACAAGUCCUCCCUACAGUCCCAGACCCUGACCAAAAGAGAGUGGAGGUGAGUGGCAUCAUAUGUCACACUGAGGGAACCGAUUAUGAUACUCUUUUUGUUGUGGAUUGACCUACUGUACGGCAUUCAUAUUAGGAUGUUGUCAGAUUUCAGGCAAAACUCUUGAUAUGGAUGUCGUAUUCAUCGCAUCACCUUGUGCCGGCUUUAACCACAGCCAUGCUAAAAUCCCCCUCUUAUGUCUGAUUACUUUAUUAUCCUCCCCUCAGAUGCUGCUGUUUCCUGGGCUGUGGUUCAGCCAUGCUGGCCAGGUGGUAUCAGUGGAGCUGGUCAGCCAGCCAAGAGAAGUGUCCACCUUGGUCAGAGUUCAGAUCCUCCGGCCCUACUGCAGCCCCCACCAUCACCUGGUGCCCCCAGGUAACAAAACGUCACCUUACAGAGGAGGAACUUUUUGAGGCAAUUAAAUAUUUUCAGUCUGGAAAAACACCAGGGCUUGAUGGUAUACCAGUAGAGGUAUAUCAGACCUUUCUUGAUGUACUCAAAUAUCCAUUAUUAGCAUGUUUUAAUUACUCCUAUAAAAAUAGUAGACUUUCAGGUACUCAACAAGAAGGUCUGAUUUCAUUACUACUGAAACAGGACCCAGGUUGUCAGUAUAAAGAUCGAGUCCAUUUAAAAACUGGAGGCCUCUUACACUUCAAUGUUGUGAUGCGAAAAUCCUGGUGAAAUGCAUAGCACAUGGGACAAAAAAGGUUUUACCACAUAUUGUUCAUCCUGAUCAGACAGGUUUUUUACAUGGACGAUAUAUUGGAGAUAAUAUACGACAAUUACUUGAAACAAUUGAACAUUAUGAAACAUCAAAGAUACCAGGCCUGGUUUCAUAGCAGAUUUUGAAAAGGCUUUUGAUCAAGUAUAACUAGAAUUUAUAUAUACAGUGCCUUCGGAAAGUAUUCAGACCCCUUGACUUUUUCCACAUUUAGUUACGUUACAGCCUUAAUCUAAAAUGGAUUAAAUAAAUACAAAUCCUCAGCAAUCUACACACAAUACCCCAUAAUGACAAAGCGAAAACAGGUUUUUAGAAAUGUUUGCAAAUGUACUACAAAUAAAAAACAGAAAUACCUUAUUUACAUAAGAAUUCAGACUCUUUGCUAUGAGACUUGAAAUUGAGCUCAGGUGCAUCCUGUUUCCAUUGAUCAUCCUUGAGAUCAACUUGAUUGGAGUCCACCUGUGGUAAAUUCAAUAGAUUGGACACAAUUUGGAAAGGCACACACCUGUCUAUAUAAGGUCCCACAGUUGACAGUGCAUGUCAGAGCAAAAACCAAGCCAUGAAGGAAUUGUCCGUAGAGCUCCGAGACAGGAUUGUGUCGAGGCACAGAUCUGGGGAAGGGUAUCAAAAUAUGUCUGCAGCAUUGAAGGUCCCCAAGAACACAGUGGCCUCCAUCAUUCUUAAAUGGUAGAAGUUUGGAACCACCAAGACUCUUCCUAGAGCUGGCCGCCCGGCCAAACUGAGCAAUCUGGGAGAAGGGCCUUGGUCAGGGAGGUGACCAAGAACCCGAUGGUCACUCUGACAGAGCUCUAGAAUUCCUCUGUGGAGUUGGGAGAAUCUUCCAGAAGGACACCCAUCUCUGCAGCACUCCACCAAUCAGGCCUUUAUGGUAGAGUGGCCAGACAGAAGCCACUCCUCAGUAAAAGGCACAUGACAGCCUGCUUGGAGUUUGCCAAAAGGCACCUAAAGGACUCUCAGACCAUGACAAACAAGAUUCUCUGGUCUGAUGAAACCAAGAUUGAACUCUUUGGCCUGAAUGCCAAGCGUCACGUCUGGAGUAAACCUGGCACCAUCCCUAUGGUGAAGCAUGGUGAAGCAUGGUGGUGGCAGCAUCAUGCUGUGGGGAUGUUUUUCAGUGGCAGGGACUGGGAGACUAGUCAGGAUCGAGGGAAAGAUGAACGGAGCAAAGUACAGAGAGAUCCUUGAUGAAAACCUGCUCCAGAGCGCUCAGGACCUCAGACUGGGGUGAAGGUUCACCUUCCAACGGGACCACGACCCUAAGCACACAGCCAAGACAACGCAGGAGUGGCUUUGGGACAAGUCUCUGAAUGUCCUUGAGUGGCCCAGCCAGAGCCCGGACUGGAACCCGAUCUAACAUCUUUGGAGAGACCUGAAAAUAGCUGUGCAGCAAUGCUCCCCAUCCAACCUGACAGAGCUUGAGAGGAUCUGCAGAGAAGAAUGGGAAAAACUGCCCAAAUACAGGUGUGCCAAACUUGUAGUGUCAUACCCAAGAAGACUCAAAGCUGUGAUCGCUGCCAGUACUGAGUAAAGGGUCUGAAUACUUAUGUAAAUUUGAUAUUUCAUUUUUUUCAAAAAAAAAUUAAUUAGCAAGGAUUUCUAAAAACCUGUUUUUGCUUUGUCAUUAUGGGGUAUUGUGUGUAGAUUGAUGAGGGAAAAAAACAAUUUAAUCAAUUUUAGAAUAAGGCUGUAACCUAACAAAAUGUGGAAAAAGUCAAGGGGUCUGAAUACUUUCCGAAGGCACUGUAAAUGUCUGGAUUACUUUAAUUUCGGUGAAUCUCUUAUACAAUGGUUGAAAGUUAUGUACAGCAAACCCAGAUGUGAAAUAGUAAAUAAUGGUUACUUCUCAGAAAGUAUUGCGCUUUUAAGAGGAGUAAAACAAGGCUGUCCGUUGUCUCCAUAUCUAUUUGUUAUGGCCAUCGAAAUGCUAGCUAUUAAAAUUAGAUCCAAGAAGAACAUCAAGGUGUUAGAAAUCCAGGGGAUAAAAACUAAAGUGUCAAUGUAUGCCGAUGACUCAAGUUUUUUCUUAUGUCCACAUCACUUUUUUGCCUCUCUGGACUAAAACCUAAUUAUGACAAGUGUCCCAUAAUAUGUAUUGGAUCGUUAAAAGACACAGUGUUUACCUUGUAGUUUACCAAUAAAAUGGGCGGAUGGUGAGGUAGACAUACUUGGUAUUCAUAUCUAAAAAAAUGUAAAUAACUUACCACAAUCAAUUUCAAUAGAAAGUUCGCAAAAAUAGAUAAGAUUCUGCAACCAUAGAGAGGGGAAUACUUGUCUAUUUAUGGAAAAAUCACAUUGAUUAACUCUUUGGUCCUACCACAGUUUACUUACUAAUGGUGAUGCCUACUCCAGACAACCCGUUUUUGAAAUCAUAUGAGCAAAAAAUAUUUCAUUUGAUUUGGAAUGCUAAGCCAGACAAAAUUAAACGUGCCUAUUUAUAUAAUGAAUAUGAGUUUGGGGGGCUAGAAUUAUUAAAUAUUAAAGCUUUACACCUAUCACUAAAAGCUUCACUCAUACAUAAGUUAUACUUAAACCCAAAAUGAUUCUCCAGUAGAUUAUUAAGAAAGGCUCAUCCUUUGUUCAAAAAUUGUAUUUUUGCAUUUAUACAGAUUACAACUUCUCAUUUCCAACUAAUUGAAAAUGAAAUGUUGUUUAAAGUAUCGCCCUUUCUCAAACAAGCCAUACAAAGCUGGUUACAAUUUUAGUUUUAUCCUCCAGAAAAGAUAGAACAAAUAUUACAACAAAUAUUAUGGUUAAACUCAAAUAUACUGAUUCAUCUCUACGGGAUCGGUGUCCCUUAUACGGGACGGUUGUUGCUCAAUAUGUGAUAUUUGACUAGAAUGGUGUUGUAAACAACAGCCAACUUUCCGGGACAUAGCUAUGUCUUAUAUGGGCAGAAAGCUUAAAUUCUUGUUAAUCUAACUGUAGUGUCCAAUUUACAGUAGCUAUUACAGCUAAAAAAAAUACCAUGCUAUUGUUUGAGGAUAGUGCAUAACAACAAAACACUUUUAUCACGGCAACUGGUUUGGUACAUUCACCUCUGAAGGUAAAUAAUGUACUUACAUUCCAAAAUCUUGCUCUGAUUUGUCAUCCUGAGGGUCCCAGAGAUGAAAAGUAGUGUAGUUUUGUUUGAAAAAUCAAUUUUUAUAUUCAGAUGUAGGAACUGGGUUCUACAGUUUGACCUCUGACUCCACACCCACCCGGCCAUCUAGAUGUGUGAAGGUUAGUGUAUUUUCUGUAGGGAAGCUAAUGAUCCAUCAUUUAUGACAUUCCUGGGAGUGUGCAAACUUAAAUGUUGUAUUACCAUAGCAUUUUUGGAUGUUCUCUAUAGUUAUGUACUUGAAAACCAAUUUGGCACAUUUGGGAAAACUCCUGGCAGACUUGAUACAAAAUAUUGUGUAGUGAUGUAAUUCUUCACUGGAUCAGUCUGAAACUUUGCACACACACUGCUGCCAUCUAGUGGACAACAUCUAAAUUACAUAUAUAAUGCUACAUCACAGUAUGGCCUUUCCCUUGCAUUUCAAAGAUUAUGCAACAAAACAUAAAUAGAAAACACGUUUUUGUGUUUGUAUGAUCUUUUACCAGAUCUAAUGUGUUAUAUAAUCGUACAUUAAUUUCACAUUUCCACAAACUUCAAAAUGUUUGUUUUCAAACGAUAUCAAGAAUAUGCAUAUCAUAUGCAUAUCCUUGCUUCAGGUCCUGAGCUACAGGCAGUUAGAUUUGGGUAUGUCAUUUUAGGUGAAAAUUGAUAAAAAAGGGUCCGUCCUGAAGAGGUUCAUAAAAAACCAUUCUUUAUGGAUUUCUUUUUAUUUUAUGUUAUUAUGUUUAUUAAUGAUAUUAUGAAUAGAAACAGUGGAGUUAUGUCACAUAUGCAGCAAUCAAAAAUAUAAUGUAUGGGAAUGUCUGCUCAAUCCAAACUUAUAACCAACUGAUUGGAGCAUUACCACAAAAAUGGAGGAGGCAAAUGGAAGAGGGAGAAGGUAGGGAACUUGUUUGUCUGCCAUUUAUUAAAGAUACAAAUUGGCUGAAAAUAAAUGGCAUAAAUGGAGAAAUAUACCAGUUUCAUUUGAAGACAGAAAUGUUGACAUCUGUGCCAUACAGGUUGCAAAGUAAAUGGGAAGAGAUUUUCGAUGUACUGAUUCCAUGGCACAUGGUUUAUGAACAGAUACAAAAAACAACACUUUAUUCAACACUUCAAGUUUUUCAAUUUAAAUUAUUAUACUAUGUAGCUUGUUUCUGGUCACAGGUUCAGGAAUGGUUAAAAAAUCACAACAUUCACAUAAAAUGAACCUUACAAAUAGCAGUUUUGGGCGAUUUAGAAAGCCAUAGUGUCAAUAAAUAAUAUAAUAAUACUCGUAGGAAAAGUUUUCAUCUUUAGCUCACAAUCUGUGGAUACUAUACAAUUAGAAAGGUUAAACAUUUAUGUAAAACAUCACAGCACCAAUGAAAAAUAUAUGGCACAUGGAAACCAAACAAGGGUGAUUUAUGGUGAUAGGUGGGAUGGGCUUAGAGUGGCUGAGGGGUGGGAGUUUAUGUUCGGUAAUGUAUUAUUGUUAUGUGAUUGCUGUAUAUAAAAGCAACAUGUACAGUAUGUAAAAUGUGUAUGCAAAAUGUGUAUGUAAAAUAUAUGUAUAUGUAGCAGAAAAGCUGUAAAAAAACAAAAAAGACGUGUCCUCCGAAGAGGUGGGAUGGUGGAUGGGUUAAUAAGAAAAAAGAUAAACAAGAAAAAAGAAAAAAGAAACACCACCUCAGGUUAUUAAUAAAGAUGUUGUUGUAUUGGAAGACUUGCCUGUGUGUGUUUGUGUUGAUUCACUCCUGUUUGUUUUUGUGUUUCCCUGAUGUAUGAUGAUCGAUCUUUCAGUAUACAUAACUGGUUCUCUCUCUCUCUCUCUCUCUCUCUCUCUCUCUCUCUCUCUCUCUCUCUCUCUCUCUCUCUCUCUCUCUCUCUCUCUCUCUCUCUCUCUCUCUAUCUCUCAUCCAUAUCUCUCUCUCUCAUCCAUAUCUCUCUCUCUGCAGGUUGCAGCUCUCUCCUGAACCCGUUCAGUUGUUGCUCUACCACUCCUCUGUGUAACACUACGGGAGGCUGUGCCCUGGGACAGUACUGGUGCCACCUGUUGGAGGCCUGUGUCCCUGUCACCAGCCCCUGCAGUCCCUACAACCAGUCCCCCUCUACAGGGGAGCGCAGCUACCCCCUGCCACCCAGAUACCCUGACAUACCCCCCUUCUACCACCUGGUGGCAGACUUGCCCAUGAGAGUGGCUCCUUGCUCAGAGCCUGCUCAUAUUAGUGUAUGUGUGUGAGAUGUUGUUAUUUACAGAGGGUUUCUUAUUUACUUAUUUACAGUUCUUAUUUACAUGCUUUAUGCUUUGGAUAAGUCGAAUCAAUAAAAUUCUCUCUCUGUCAGAUCCUGCCAGAGAGGGAGAUCAGUGUUUACCCCGAUGACAUUCUGUCCGUCCAACACACCGGGAGACCUGGAACCUUCCUGAGUUGCCGCGACAAUGCCUCCUCAUCCUCCUCCCCCUGGCGACAGAGCUACCUCUCCCUGCAAGGGGCGGAGUGGGGGGGCUGGUGGGAGGGGGGCCUCUCGUCCCCGCCAAAUGGAGGACAGUGGGUGGACGGGGUUGUGUGCGACCUACGGGUGCUGUACGUGGACACACUGCACGGGCAUGGCUAUAUUUCAAGUACGGGCCAGAGUGAACUUAGUGGCUUCACUCAUAUCGGGAGCAUCAGUACGCCCAUAAGUAUGACCCCUGAAACCUCAGCUCCUGCCCCAGCAAAAAGUCACAUUUCUGGGCUUUGUAUGAUCCAUCCCCUGCCUGAUGGAGACAACCAGAUCCAUAUAUUGGUUGACACUCCUGUACUCAUUGUGAUUAAAAUAUUAUCUGGAAAAGGGGCCACCAGCUCCUGGUUGGCUCCAGUGCUCCAGAGAGGGGUCCCUUUCCUCCCGUCCUGCCCAGGAGGGUUACCUGACUCUUGGCCUGGUUGUGAGAGAGACUCCCCUGACAGCUGGUUCUCCCACAUGUCCCUGGUGCUACCCUCAUUGGGUGUCCACACUCUAAACGUCAGUGCUGUGAAUGGAGUGAGUGAACAGAGUACCUGUGUACAGGUGUGUGUCUAUGAGCCGGUGGCUGGGCUCAGUGUAGAGCCACAUGGACACCUGAGGAUGCUGGUGGACUUGUCACAGGUGAGUUAGCCCGACUUCAUCGAUAAUAUAAAGUUGUAUUGUAUUUUAUAGUAUUUAUCCAAAAAUCUGUGUUUUCUUUAUGCAUGUUUGAAAAUAAUAUGCUUUUCUUUUAUUUAUUUGUUCUGCUGAUCACAUCUCUGCUACUGUAUUGAACUUAUACAUUGUCACCAUUCUCUGUUUUUUCUAAGACAUUUACAGUCACGGCGGAGACUGGUUCCUCAGUAAAGUACACCUGGGUGAUUGACGAGCUAGAGAAGUUUCCCUAUGAGGGAGACACCUAUAGUGUGAUGUUCAAGAAGCCAGCUGAGUACAAACUGAAGGUACUAAGCUCAUCAAUUUCAUAUGAUUUAUCUUAAGAUAAAACAACCUUGUUUUUAAUAUAAUACCCAUAUAACAGAGUAAAGUGGCCCAUAGAGUCUCACUAAUAACUUGUCUCUGUUCCUCCAGGUGACUGCAGCCAAUGCUGUGAGCUCCCAGACCCUAGUGGUCACUCUGACUGCUGACACCAUGACCCCUCUGGCCGACCCAGAAUUCCUCUCUGUCAAGGAGGUCAUCGCUGUGGCCGCGCUGCGUCUCUACACUUUCAGAGUCAAAGUUGAUGUCUCCCUAGGUGUCACUUUCAGGUUAGGGUCAUUUUCUGUUUUCACAGAAGUAUUUGCUUGGAGUGAUAUUAUAUCAAUGAGGGUAGCAUAUCUGUUUCCUUCAUAUUUUCUCAUUAACUACCAUCCCAUUACUCAUUAACUACCAUCCCAUUACUCAUUAACUGCUGCUGGAAGUGGUGUUGGAGGUCCCGUACGGGGCACUCUUCCCUCUGGUCUAAGGAGAUCCCAUUGCCCCAGGGCAGUGAAGAAGAGAUUGCUCUACAUAGGGUGCCAUCUUUCAGAUGGGAUGUUAAAAAACCCUAAGAUAUUGAAUAUUAUUUCCUGUAGGUGGUCUUUUGGGGAUGGCAGUGCCCAGGAGAACCACACCUUUCCUGCCCCGUUUGAAUCCCAGGACAGGCCAGUGGAGCGAGGAGUGAGACAGGUGUAUGUGCAAGACUCUGUGAGCCACGUCUACCUACAGCCAGGUAAACAUACCUCUACCAAUCUGUAAAUUAUUGUAAUUCAUUCUAAUAGUAUAGAUGCUUGCAUAUCACUCCUCUUUCCAUUCAAUACAAUAGGGCAUGUCUCCAUUAAUCUACAGUGCCUUUGGAAAGUAUUCAGACCCCUUGACUUUUUCCACCUUUUGGUAGGUUACAACCUUAUUCUAAAAUUGGUUAAAUUGUUUUUUUCCCUCAUCAAUCUACAGACAAUACCCCAUAAUGACAAAGCAAAAACUUUUUUUAGACUUUUUUACUAAUUUAUAAAUAAUUAUACAUUUAAAUGAGACCCUUUACUCAGUACUUUGUUGAAGCACCUUUGGCAGCAAUUACAGCCUUGAGCCUUCUUGGGUAUGACGAUACAAGCUUGGCACAGCUGUAUUUGGGGAGUUUCUCCCAUUCUUCUCUGCAGAUCCUCUCAAGCUCUGUCAGGUUGGAUGGGGAGCGUUGCUGCACAGUUAUUUUCAGGUCUCUCCAGAGAUGCUCGAUCGGGUUCAAGUCCGGGCUCAGAGACUUGUCCCGAAGCCACUCCUGCGUUGUCUUGGCUGUGUGCUUAGGGUCUCUGUCCUGUUGGAAGAUUAACCUUCGCCCCAAUCUGAGGUCCUGAGUGCUCUGGAACAGGUUUUCAUCAGGGAUCUCUCUGUACUUUGCUCUGUUCAUCUUUCCCUCAAUUCCUGACUAGUCUCCCAGUCCCUGCCGCUGAAAAACAUCCCCACAGCAUGAUGCUGCCGCCACCAUGCUUCACCAGCAUUCAUGCCAAAGAAUUCAAUCUUGGUUUCAUCAGACCAGAUCAUCUUGUUUCUCAUGGUCUGAGAGUCUUUAGGUGCCUUUUGGCAAACUCCAAGCUGGCUGUCAUGUACUUUUUACUGAGGAGUGGCUUCCGUCUGGCCACUUUACCAUAAAGGCCUAAUUGAUGGAGUGCUGCAGAGAUGGUUGUCCUUCUGGAAGGUUCUCCCAUCUCCACAGAGGAACUCUAGAGCUCUGUCAGAGUGACCAUGGGGUUCUUGGUCACCUCCCUGACCAAGGUCCUUCUCCCCCGAUUGCUCAGUUUGGCUGGGUGGCCAGCUCUAGGAAGAGUCUCUGUGGUUCCAAACUUCUUUAAUUUAAGAAUGAUUGAGGCCAUUGUGUUCUUGGGGACCUUCAAUGCUGCAGAAAUGUUUUAGUACCCUUCCCCAGAUCUGUGCCUCGACACAAUCCUGUCUCGGAGCUCUACGGCCAAUUCCUUCAACCUUCCUUCAACCUUCAAGCUUGGUUUUUGCUCUGACAUGCACUGUCAACUGCGGGACCUUAUAUAGACAGGUGUGUGCCUUUCCAAAUCAUGUCCAAUCAAUUGAAUUUACCACAGGUUGACUCCAAUCAAGGUGUAGAAACAUCUCAAGGAUGAUCAAUGGAAACAGGAUGCACCUGAGCUCAAUUUCGAGUGUCAUAGCAAAGAUUCUGAAUACGUAUGUAAAUACACUGACAUUUGCAAAAAUGACUAAAAACCUGUUUUUGCUUUGUCAUUAUGGGGUAUUGUGUGUAGAUUACUGAGGAAAUUGUUUUAUUUAAUCCAUUUUAGAAUAAGGUUGUAACUUAACAAAAUGUGGAAAAAGUCAAGGGGUCUGAAUACUUUCCGAAGACACUGUAUAUCACUCUGUCUCUCACUCAUGCAGAUGACUACACACUGACUGUACAGGUCUACAACCAAUACGACAACAUCAAGCGGGCAAUAUCAGUGAAGGUACGGCCUCCAUUGACUCGUAUACUCAUCUUUCCAUCUCCUCCGGUUCCCCUGGUCAACCAGACCUUUCUUCUAGAAGCCUCUUCACACCCAUCUCACUACGGAAUCCUCUACACUUGGAACUUUGGGGACGGUUCAAAACAAGUCCAAGGAUUCCAUGGCAAAGUUAGCCAUGUUGCUCGGACCACUGGGGUUUAUAACAUGACUGUGUGCGCUAACAACACCUUGACUGCACUGACAGCCUGGGUGGCCGUGGCAGUGGUGGAGAAGGUGUCUGGACUCCAGUUGAGCUGUAGUGGACCCAGUGAACUGAAGUCUGUGACUGAAAUCAAGGGCAAAGUGGCUUCAGGUUCCAGUCUUCACUGGGACUGGAACUUUGGUGACGGGUCUGGACAUAAAAACAUCACAGACAACUCUGUAUCCCAUGUCUACGAGUCCCCAGGGAGUUACACAGUCAGAGUGACUGUGUCUAACGCAUUCAGCCAGGCUAGCCAGUCCAUCAGUCUGGAAAUCUACAGGUUGACCAUCAGUGGAAUUCUGCCAUCGGAGUGUUCGGAGACAGAGAAAGAGAUACAGCUCCAAGCACUGGUGAACGGGAAUGUUUCCAUGCUGACUUUCCAUUGGAAUUUCGGGGAUGAAUCACCUUUGUCAGUACAGAAGGGAAAGUCUGUUGUUACUCACACUUAUUCAAACCCUGGGAUUUAUAAUGUUAACGUUACUGUUCUCAGUAUAGUAGGAUCUGUCUUUUAUGAUGCCAACGUUUGCAUUGAGGCCCCCAUUACUGGGAUAACCAUCUGCCCAUCACAGGAUGCUGUGGCAGUAGGAGAAGAGGUGUGUUUUAAUGCAGUUGCUGACCCAAAAAGACAACCCACUGGAUAUCAGUUCCUGUGGUUCAAUCAUUCCUCUAACAGCUCUCCUAUAAGAGGACUGGCUCGUCAUUGCUUUGUGUAUAAGGAGGAAGGGAUCCAUGAUGUUUCAGUGAUGGCAAGUAACAAAGUCAGCCAGAGAAUAGCCCAAGCCACUGUUGCUGUGCAGAAGCCUGUGAGUAAACUAUCCAUAGCACAUAGUAGUCAAAGCAACACACUGACUGUCAAUGAGAAGAUUACACUUUGGGUGAAGAGCUGCACUGGGACCAAUGUUUCUGUGCAGUGGGACUUUGGUGACGGCUCACCACUGGCAAAGAGUCAAAAUGUCUCCCAUGUCUUCACUUCCGCAGGCAGGUUUACAGUCAAGGCCACAGCUUCUAAUGCAGUUAGCCGGGAUUCUGUUAACCUGGAAGUGAACGUACUGCUUCCUGUGUCAGAGCUGACACUGAAAAUCAGCCAGCCAUUUGCAGUAGUAGGGGAAGAGACUGUCAUAACAGCAGUUGGCAAUGUUGCAGGUAAUGUCAAUUUCUACUGGUCAGUGGAUGGCCCUGCUACCCCUGAGCUUGGGAUGUCUCACUUUCAGUAUGUGUUCCCUAAAGCAGGUGUGUAUCAGGUCAAAGUCACAGCCCAGAACCUGGUGAGCCAACAGGAGGCAGCCAUUUUGAUUGUAGUUUUAGAGAGAAUACAGGGGCUUCAGAUCUCAAGUCAGAGCCUGACUUCCAUGAGUUACAUACCAACCAGAGAGAGUGUCUUGCUCACUGCGUCAGUAACACACGGCUCCAAUGUCACUUACCAUUGGCUAGCCAACCAGAGAGGUGUGACCCAAACUGCCAGUGUUGGUGAGCACUUUCCGUGGUUCACUGAAACUCCAGGUAAUAUAUCUGUUGAGUUGACAGCUUCCAACGGACUUGGUAAGACAACCAGCUGUGUUUCUCUAAAGGCAGUGGAGCGAGUUUCAGGGGCUAGAAUGUCAACAGCUAGAGACACUGUACCACUAGGGAAGUAUAUCAAUAUCUCUGUAACUGUGGAGACCGGAUCUGACCUCCAGUAUCUCUGGAAUGUGAGCUCAGACCUUUCACCCUUACAGAACAAUGUUCCUUUUCUUCUUUACGUGUUUGAGACUCUGGGUUCUUGUUCUGUCAGUGUGUCAGUCCAGAAUGUUCUCGGUUCAAGCAACACAUCCAAACAUUUCACAGUUCAGGAGGAGGUUAGAGAGGCAGACUUUCAGAUAGGUGGCAAGACACAUCCGUUCUUUAUAACGUCAAAUACUCAAGUUGCACUCUAUGGAUAUGUCCAUAAAGGGAAUGAUCAGCACUGGGGGUGGAAAGUUGUUGGGUGUACUGGAGGUGCUGUGGUUUUGAACAACAGUCAGUCAGUUAUCUACACCUUUACAGAUGUAGGGGUCUAUAAAGUCUCUCUGAAUGUCUCUAAUGGUAUUAGCUGGCAGACAGUUUCACACAGAGUCACCAUCCAGGACACUAUUCAGGGCUUGACUCUAAACCUUAGCAGGUCUACAGUCUGCGCUGAAGAUCAUAUUGCUUUUACACCAGUCGUUUCCAAAGGAACCAAUGUCAGCUUCUCUUUAGACUUUGACGAAGUUGAGUCAUCAAAUGACCUUGUUGAGGUAAGCUUCACCACCUCCACCCUCCCAGUUGGGUCUCACUCUGUCACAGCCCGAGCCUGGAACCAGGUGAGCAACUCCCAGGUGUCAUUGACCGUCCAGGUGGUAGAGAGGAUCGGGGGCCUACGAUUGGUCAACUGCUGUUCCACUGCUCUUGAAGCUCUAAAGGAGAUCCCUUUCCAAGCAAAUGUCAUGAGUGGUUCUCCAACCGAUUACAUCUGGACGAUCCAAUUAGAAGGGCUUCAGCCCUUACAGGUAAUUGGACAGGAAGUGAUGUAUACCUCACCCGGAAGUGGUUCGUUGUUUGUGGGUGUGAUGGCCAGCAAUGGCUUCUGCUCUGAAACCCUGAAUGAGACAGCCAUUGUUCAGUUGCCCGUGAGGGAGGUCAAGAUUGUUUGUGAUUCUACAGCAACCUUUAGAGGCUAUAGUGUCAGAUUCUCAGUCACAGUAGAUGGUGGAAGCAAUUUGAGGUUUCAAUGGGUCUUUGAAGACUCAAGUGAAGGAGUUGUCAUCACAAAAUCCAGUACAGUGAACCACACAUAUCUCACUGCUGGAAAAUAUAUUGUUAAAGUCACAGCUUUCAAUAAUGUCAGCCAGGUCUCCACACAACUGCUCACUGAGGUGAGAGAACUCCAGUGCUCCCUCCCUCAAGUCACUUUAGUCCAGGGCCAAUCCACAAUCCUCAAGUCUAGAUCCAGCUACUUUGAAGCAAGCGUAGACAUCAAAGGCUGCACCGCAUACAAGACCAUGUACCUAUGGGAAGUGUUUAGGGGGAGUGGCUGUGGAGCUGACAAGACUGACAGCAAUCUGGUAACCCAAAGCAGUGGACAUCCAGUAACCCUGAUUAACCUGGGGAUUGUGACUACGCCACUAUUGUCCCUCCCUAAGCAGGCCCUGGAGGUGGGCCAGUACUGCCUGGGGUUCACUGUCUCUCUCCAGGGAACCCCUCUACAUCUGCACAGGACGUCCAGGCUCUCUGUGGUUCACAGCUCCCUGGUACCCAUCAUCAGGGGGGGAUCGCAUAGACUGGUGCCCAGCCACAGUGACCUGAUCCUGGAUGGGUCAGAGUCCCAUGAUCCUGAUGUGGAUCUGGGAGAGGAAGGGGAGCUGAAGUACCACUGGGAUUUCAUCACUGAGGUAAUUGAAAUCAUUGCCUUUCUACUAUUUAGGUAGAAAUUGUUCACUUACAUUUCUGUUAACUUAUAUUGCUGUCUUACCUUGAUGUUUUCUCAAAAUUGUACCAAUGGUAUCUGUUUCUGCCUGAAGAACUCUACUGAGUGGUUGUCCCAGGACCAGGGCCAGCUUUUAGGGUAUAACAGCAGCAGGUUGACUGUCCCCAGCAGGAAGCUACAGCCAGACAGGGUCUACCUCUUCACCCUCACUGUCCAAAAGGAAGGGAGGAGACCUAUCUCCACUACACAGUCUGUGAGUCUCACAUUAUCUCUACACACCACAAUAUCUUUAUGCAACGAAGGUGGUUCAGCGAACCAUGCACUGUAAAUGGGUUGCCGUGAAUUUGACAGUAACUUACAGGCAGCUAGUGGUAAGUAAGUUGCUGUAUUUCAUAUUGCAGUACAAUUACUGUAAUCUAAAUACAGUAUCAAAGCAAGUAUUGUAUAAUGACACACAGUAAAAUACCAUAGAAUUGACGGUAUUAUACUGUAAAAAAGUAAAUGCUACUGUUCGUAAUGAAUGAAUGGAUGGAUGGAUUAAUUAAUUAAAUUAAUUGAGGGGAGAUGGUGUUUGUAUUUUACAGGAUUUUACUGUAAUUACAUGAGAUUGGUGCAAGCAGGUUGGCUGCUAGGUAAUGUUUUACACAUUACAGCAUAUCAAUUAAUAAUUUGUAUUUUAUAUCACUUGCACUUGUAGAGGCCUUAAUGGUCCAAUGCAGCCAUUUUUAUCUCAAUAUCAAAUAAUUUCUGGGUGACAAUUAAUUACCCUACUGUGAUUGUUUAAAAUUAAAAUGGUAAGAAAUACACAAAAAUAGAAAAAUAGCUUCUUAGCAAAGAGCAAUUUUUCUAGCAAGAAUUUUGCUGGGACUGGUCUGAGUGGGAGGGGAAAACUGAAAACUAGCCUUUAUUGGCAGAGAGGUUUGGAACACUCUUUCUUAUUGGUCUAUUAACUGAUUUACCACCUGGUGAUGUCAUCCCACAAAAACAGGCAGAAAUUUCAGCCGGUCCUUUCAAACAGCUCUUACACUACAAGGGCUUUGUUAUAAUUUUCACAAUUUCACAGUAUUAUUCCAAACUCAUAGUGUGGAAAUAUAUAUAAAACACAGGAAAAACACAUUUUUGACUGCACUGGGCCUUUAACAAAGGCUUCCAAACUGGAAGUGACUACAGGGCAAAACAGACAAAUGCGCAACCAUUACAAGUUUAAGACUUGCUGCCUCUCCAAUCUGUCCGCUAUACAUUUUUAAUUGAUGGGGCACUACUACCACAUACCAGUUAAACUGGUACAGCAUUCUCACUAAUGGGUGCAACAAAUAUAGCCUCUUACAAGGCACGCCUCAAAGUAUGUUAAUGAGCCAGAAAUAACAAUACCAUGCACCCACUAGUGGUCAAAAGGUUUUUGGCACUCGAAAAAUGCGGUACGGUACUGUAUUCUGUGGGAUGGAAUUACAGUACCAUUCGAAAUACAGCAAUUCUUUCCCCAUCCACAUAAUUUCCCCACAAUGCACCAUCAUUUACAGUAUGCAGCAGUAAAACGUUUCACAGUAUUUUACUGUUGAUAAUAUCCAAAAUUACCAUAUAAAGUUUUCAGUUUCAGUGUGGUUGUGGGAUGUUUAUUUGAUAGUAUAUUCAUGUCAAAUACUCCUCCAUGCCUCUAGGUGGCGGUAUCUAAAGUUGCAGUGCUUCCUGUAAGUGUGGAGUGUGUUUCCUGCAGUACUCUCUCUUCUUUCCGUGUCAGCCAGAGUCGCCCCAUUGUGCUCUCUGGUUGUUGUGAUAAGUGUGGCAGCCAUGUUCAGGUAAGUUCUCCUCUACGUAGCUAAUUGGCUGACCUAAACAACAUUUACAGUUUGUGACAAAAUUAAAUAAAGUCAGCAUAAAGCAGCUGUCAUGGCUGCUUUAUGCUGGACUUAUGACGGAAAGUUGAUGUAUGGUCUUUCUGUUUUCAAAGUACAAAUGGAGCGUAGAGGAUCAGAACGGUGUGACCCUUGACCUGAACGAGGUCACCACUACGGGCAGUCUCUCUCCUGACCUGGUGGUCCGACCGGAGGUGCUGCAGGAGGGGUAUAACUAUACCUUCACCCUAAAUGUUACCCACCCUGCUGGGGGAAGAUGGGGGUGUGCUAGCCUGACCCUCCUGCCCAACCCUCCACCCCAUGGAGGGGUGUGCACUCUUACCCCAGGUCCUGGGGAGAAAAUACGCCUGCUGGAGACUGUGGUCACAUACAACUGCUCAGGUAAUACAGUAGAAACAAAGACUCAAAUAUUCAAUCAAAUCUUAUUUUGGUGUCUUUGCCAUGUUUUACCAUGGUGUACCAGAUGUCCUGUAUUUACUCUAUAGGUUGGCUGGAUGAGGAUAGUGAGUCCCCCCAGCUUAUCUAUAUUCUACAGGUGGCAUCAUCAUGCCCAGGCUGGGGCAAAGCAUGUCCCCUUCUCACCCUCUACAGGGGUACCCAGCGUACAUUUGGCAGCCUAGUUCCUCUGGGGGAGGCGGGGCCAGAGAAGGACCUGUCAAUCAUCUCUGUGAUCCUGCAGGUAGAGGACCACCUGGGGUCAAAGGUCACCGCACUUAACAGGUGAGUUGGAGAUUAGUUUAAAACUGAGAAUGCAGGGAAGAGGUUCCGACCUCAAGAGACCUCUUGAGGUAAAUUGUCAAAAGACAAUUUAUGGAUGCUUUUGUUUUUUCAGAACUAUAACAGUGCUGAGACCUGUGGAUGGAGAUGGGAUCACAGAGUGGCUGAGGAACAAGAGUCAAACCGAACUAUGGGGUUUACUCCAACAGGGUAACCCACAGCAGCUCAUUCCCUAUUCCAUUGCCCUCACCAGCCAGCUCAACCAGGUAUGAACCUUACCUUUGUCUUUACCUGGCUGUGUCUCUCUUCUCCUUAAUGUUAUCUUUCCUUUACAUGUCUAUCUCUCUCCUCUCGGUCACAGGUGGAUCAGACUUUGAGUGAGCAGGAUCUCAGGGACAGGAGGGAGAUCAGGGGGAAUGUGACACAGGUGCUGGCCUCUUUGUCUGUGUCCUCUCUACAGGAUGCAGCCCAGAUCAGCUUUGCCCUGGCCCAGUCCACUGUAAGUAACCUGUCCGUAGUUUACACAGACAGAGUUUGUGCCAUAAAAGCCUGGCAAAAAGACCCACAAAUGAUACAGAUUUGUCCUCGAUGUCUGAAUGCCACUGUGCGUUGUCUCCUGCAGGCAGUCCCAAGUGAGGUGGUGUGUGAGGGCUGUCAGGAGAAUGUUCUAGAAUCUGUGGGGAGAAUGAUCAGGGUUAUGGAAGAGCAGACGGGACUAGGAGACGACACAGCCAUAGACACAGGCAGGAACAUCCUCCAUGUAAUAGGUACUGUACUAGUUUCUGAGUGGAAUUGACAGUUGGAAAUACAAGGAUAAAAGGUGGAGGAUACAUGCUCAUAGAGCAAGGACAGGAACUAGUUCAAGAUUUUUGACCAAAAACGGUUAUUUCUCUCUCUGUCUCCAGGCAGUUCAUUGGCUGCUGUGUCCGAGUCCAAGCUCAUCUCCUCUGGUCCUCACACUCACUCUAACGUAUCUGAAACUGCAGUGUCAGCCCUGGACCAUGCCAGGGCUCUCAUGCGUAUUCUGAUGCGCUCGCGGAAACGCGACGAGGAACCCCUCUCUCUCUCUGCUCCACAGAUCAGUGCCGUUGGUUACCAUGGAAACCCCUCGGAACUCCUCUGCACCACUGAUCCCUCCGUCGACACCCGCCAAUCAAACCAGUCCAACAAAUCACAAUUAAACCCUUCUUCUUCCUUCUUCAAUGACAAGCCAGAGUCAUACCCACCAUACCCGCCCUGCCAGUUCCUCAUUCCCCCCUCUCUCAGUGCCCAGCUCCAGCGUCAGGUCCGGGGGUCUGAGGUGGUACAGAUUCUCCUGGGUUUGGAAGGGGGGUCUGAGUUCCUCUCUGCAGCCAACCCACCCAUUUCUACUUCUCUGGCUGCCAUGGAGUUCACCACGCCCCAGGGACAGCCCAUACCCAUUGCUAACCUGGACACUGACAGAUCUAUCAGGGUUACUUUGCCCAAAAUAUAUACUGUAGGAAGGAUCAGCACUGGGGAUCGGGCUAGUGGUGGGAGUGGAAGUGGGUCUGGGGCUGGGGCUUGGUCUAAAUCUAGUGGUAUUGACAGAGACGAGGGAAGAGCCCCAAUGGUUAACUUUACACUCCGAGCCAAAGGGUGGCUGAAUUUUACAGUGAGGGCAGUGAAGAAUAUGGAUCCCAAUGCUGGACUGUACAUCUCCUUAAACUUCAGCCUGCUUCCAGGAGCUUCUCUGGUGGGCUCAGGACAUGUGAGAAUCACAGUGGCCACCCAGCCAGGUCAUCCUGCAUCCCAUGAUUCCCUAGUCAGAGAGCUGACUCUCUCCCUCUCCACCCAGACAGCCAUGGAGGACACCAUCUUCCUCUCUCCUCUGUAAGUGUUCUGUAUCUAGACAGUUAUGUUUUCCAAAACCUUUUACAAGUGUUUACUUUUACACAGACAGAAUGUUGUGAGGCCUGAUUUUCUUCUAUCCAUGGCAUAUGAUGAUGACAUCCCAGUAAUUUACUAAUACAGCUUGUUGUCUAUUAUUUCUCUACAUCUCUAGACUUAACAGCACAGUACAAUCUCUCUUUGUGAACCUGACAUCCAGCCUGAGUGGAGCUCCAGUCCGGGCCUCAGUGUGUGUGUUCAGCUCUCUGUGUCAGUACUACAGCCUGAGGGAGAGGCGCUGGAGCACUGAGGGCCUCCGGCCACUGGAGGGCAGCACCCUCCACUCAGCACACUGCCUCACUCAGCACCUCACCAUGUUCGGGGCCAGUCUGUUUGUCCACCCAGACGCUGUGGUGCUACUGCCACCGGUAAGUUUGGGAUACUCCUCAGGGUAACACAAUAAAUGGUAUAGCUCAUUAGUACAUACAGAGAAAAUAAAUGUUAGCAGCCUUCGAUAGAAAAGUUAGAGGAACACAGAAUUCUGAGACAUGAUCAUACACUCAAUAUGGCCACCUGUUCACCCACCUUGGAACACAGCUUUGAAUUGGAACCCCUUCUACUGAUGCUACUAAUUUUAAUUAUAUGUCCCCGUCCAUCUCCCCACCACAGUCCAGUGGUCCAAUGCGUAAUGUGGUUGUGGGGAUUGUGUGUGCUGUCCUGGUUCUGAUCCACUUCCUCCUGGGUCUGAUCGCCCACAAACUGGACCACCUGGAGAGCCUGAGACUAUGCCAUGUACCACUGUGUGGCCGACCUGGACGCUACAGCUACAGAGUCCUGGUCAAAACAGGCUGGAGACGAGGAGCAGGUAAGGCUCGCAGAUCUUAGACGACUGGGUAGGUGUAAGCAAUAGAUCCGCCCAUUUUCUGCCAUAUUGCUCUGUCUCACCUAUCCAGUCCUAACAGAAGUGAGAGGGAGUGAACGAGGGCAGAAGGGAGAGAACAUCUUGCUGAAAGAGCAUCUUGUUAAAGUGAAAUGCAAACCUGGUUCACGUUUAUUUGUAUUUCCCAUCAGGCACGACGGCCCAUGUCGGCAUCAGUCUGUACGGGGUGACUAAAAGCGGUUCACGCCACCUGCAACGGGAGGGGGCGUUCCAACGAAGUGGUCUGGACCUGUUCCACCUGGAGACGGACAGCAACCUGGGAGAGGUGUGGAAGAUACACCUCUGGCAUGACAACACAGGUAACCAUGACAACACAGGUAACUACUGUAGUCUCACAUUGCCAUACUUCGUAGUCUCGUAUUCACUCGCCUACUGGAACACGAGGAAAGCAGGAGAUCGAGGCUCCAGGUAGUAAGGUUCCAAACAGGUAACACAACAAUACCUAUAAGUGUGUUUGUGUGCAUGCGUGUGUGUGUCCCAGGUCUGGACCCGUCGUGGUACGUGCAGCAUGUGGUGGUGUGGGACCCUCAGACAGACCACCUGUUCUACUUUCUGGUAGAAGACUGGCUGUCUGUGGAGAACGACAGGAACGAAGGAGGAGGGACAGUGGAGAAGGAGAUGUUGGCCUCCUGUAAGUACUACAACUCUCUGUAUAUGUCUUUACAAUCAGGGAGAGCAGAACUGCCUCCAAAACAGAUUUCUCUCUCUCUCUCAGGUCCUGUGGAGCUGUCUAAGUUCCGACGUGUUCUCUCCUCCCAGCUGGCGUUUGGAAUGCUGGAGCGCCACCUGUGGCUGUCUCUAUGGGAACGCCCCGCCCUCAGCCGCUUCAUGCGGGGGCAGAGGGUGACAGUGUGUGCCCUCCUGCUACACCUCUACCUCGCACUAGGGGCAGUGUGGUACGGGGCUGUGGGUACAGAGGGGCAUAGGUGAGAUGGCAGUCUAACCAGAACAUUCCAGGUGACAAUAGUGUACACAAUAGAAGGUUCUUGUGAAAUAGCUCAGGUGGGAUUCAAUCAAACUCGCACUGUGGAUAACUUGCUGCGCUGAAGAACAAUGUUGUUUUGCCUGAGACACUCUACAACUCUUUGUUACCUAUCCCACAUACUCUGCAUUAACUCUGUUAAGUGAAUGAAUCAGCCAUUUUAUGGGUGCUGUGUUUCAGUGGACCGGUUUCGGCUCGGUUGCUUGUAACCUGGGAAACAGUUGCCGUGGGGAUGACAAUUGCCAUCCUGGUGUUUCCUCUCCAGUGUCUCCUCUGCUUCCUGUUCCGAAAGACUCACAGCCAGGUACCUUUCCUACAUCUCUCUCUCCUUCUCCAUCCAUAUUUCCUGUUGCCCCGUCAACAAAAAUAAUCCUAUACGCCUAUUAAACCACAUUGUUAUCAUUUCUAUCUUUAAAAAGCUUAGUCGAUCAGAGGUCAAUGUGAUAGUGUAUUGUAUAUUUACUCUGUUGAUUUGGCAGGCUUAUCGUAAUGUGGGAAGUGCUUGACUGAGAUGGUGCUUGGGUCAGCUACAAAUGUUGGGUUUCCCUUUCCCUGUGUGUGUUUCAGGUAGCGGUGGAUAUGUCAGUGCCUCCAUCCCCUGUGUGUCAGUCAGUGGAGAUGGACGUCUAUCUCGGCCAAUCAGAUAUGUCCUGCUCCUCCUUCCUAUCUUUGCCUGGAGGACCUGAUCCGUCAGGCCUGGAUGGAGACACACCCUCUUCUGUAAGAGAGCAAACUCUCACAUGUAUCAAUGCAUGCACAUACACAAAUACACAGCUCUUUCUGAUUCUCUUGUGAAAGUUGUAAACUGAAAAAGCUGAAAGCUAUCUUUUACUUCUCUCUUAGCUGAUGGGAAGCAAGGCAUUCAACGCUGAGUUCUGGAAUGCCACUAACCUGGGAGUGGAGAAGGAUGAAGAUGGCAUGACACUGUGGUCAUCCUGUGACAGCCUCACUGACCUCCCAGGGCCCUCCUGUGACAGCCUCACUGACCUCCCAGGGCCCUCCUGUGACAGCCUCACUGACCUCCCAGGGCCGUCCUGGGAAAUAACCUCGGACCCCUUGGGGUCAUCCCUGGGUCCUGCCCGUCUGCUGAAGAGGAAGAAAGCCCUGAUGAAACUAUGCCUAGCCUCACCCUCCUCGCCCCAAUUUCUUGUCUGCAACUCCCCACCAUCCCAAUCCUUAUCUGGCCUGCCUCCAGACCCCAGCCACAGCCACAGCCACAGUCACAAUCUGCAACCCAAUGUUCUUACCCUGUCUGGUGAGUGUGUGUCCCAUAUGUGUUAAUAUGACUCCUGUGUGAAUACAUCUAAAAUGGUUCUGUUGUCUCUCAUGGUGUUUCAGAGGAAGACCUGCUGAGGUCUAUAGCAGCAGAGACAGGCAACAGUCCCUCAACAUCAGACAGUGGCCGCUACUCCCCCAGGACGACCUCUCUGUCCCACACGUAAGACCUGCCUGACCAGUACACUCCAGACCUAAACCCCAGAUAAUACAGGCCCUGUCUACAGUAUAUGCCCCCAAUGUAUAUUCCUCCUUCCCUCUUUCAGUGGAGAACAGAGUUGCUCUGACUGAACUCGAUUGCAGAGAACAACCAGUCAUAGUACUUUGUAUAGCACUAUUGCCUGUUGGGAAAGAAUACUUCUGAGUCUUACUCAUCUCUCUGUGUGUUUUAGCCAGAGCCAGGGCAGUUCCAGCAGUGUUUGGUCUGAGCUGAGUGUGGACAAACCACUCUAUGGGACAGAGAUCCACAACCCCCCCUGCUCUCCCACCUCUCUGUAUGGGACGGGGCUGUUUAGGCCUUCCUCAUCUCUCUCUGUCUCCUCCAUCGCCAGUACCUUCCUCCCCAGUCCCUCCCCUGACUCCACAGACUCUACCACACGCAUAGGUGAGUCAUUAGCACUCACUAACCCAAACCUUUGUUCCGAUUCCCUCUAAGAAUAAUGACCUGUCUUCCACUCUUUAUACCAAAUGUAAUACUAUGUGGGUGCGAGAGUUCCCCAUUUAAAACUUUCUAUGAAUUAUGUCUAUUUUGCAUGAAAAUCCAAUGAACUAUCUGAAUAUUCAUAUCAAGCAACUUCAUAUUUGCAGACAUCAUAGAGCAUAGUUUCUUCCAUGUUUUCACCCCCCAGGUGUGGCCCGUGGCAAGCCCAGCUGGCUGCUCCCGCCCUGGGCACUGCGUGUAAUUUACCCCCUGGUUGUGUUGUUGCUGGGGGCCUGCCUGGCUGUAGUAGGCCUCUAUGGGAGUCACUUCUCUAGCUCAGUGGUCCUGAUGUGGCUCAUCUCAGCCCUGUCUGCCUUCCUCACCUCCGCUCUGCUGCUGGAGCCUCUCAAAGUAAGCAGAUCGAGACAUAGACACGGGGGGCUCAAUAGUCAAUGCAACAAAUUGUCAGCAAUGAAUGCUUUCACCAUGCCAGAGAGAGAGAUACGCAACCAUAUGGCUUCUGUAUUUCCUGUAGACCCAUGUCAUUGUUAAACGACAAUUGCUGGCUUUUAAUCUUUUCAGCCUAAGAGAGACAGGUAUGCACCUUAUAACCUUCACUAUUAGUAUUGGCUAUUUAACCCUUGUAUGUCCUCUCCUCAGGUGUGUGUGCAGGCGUUGUUCUAUGCUGUGGUGUUAAGGCCUGUAGACCCUGAGGUGAAUGAUCGGCUGGGGCAGGAGACCGUCAUUAAGAGGGAGGGGGGCAAGCAGAGGGGCAAGGUGCUCCCCCCUUGUGGGUUCGGCCUACUGCAAGCCAAGGAGGAGGCCAGGAAAGUGAGAGCGCUACGAUCCCUCAUGAAGGUAAAACAGGAAACAAAAAAACAACAACUCCCAUAAAUCCUUAUAGUAACCUCUGGAAUGAACAUGUGUGGUGUACUGUUUAUAUUCCUAACCACCUAGUACUGGAAUUGAAAUAACAUUAUCUUAAUUCUUUAUCUUUUAUGUCUUUAUCUUCCCGUCUCCUCUCUUGUUCAUUCUCUCUGUAUACUCUCUCUCUCUCUCUCUUUCUCUUCUCUCUCCUCUCUUCUCCUCUCCUCUUCCCAGCACUGUGUGUGCCACAUGUUGUUCCUGUUGGUGGUGUUGAUGGUGAACUACCAGGACAGUGUUCAGGAGACCCAGGGAAGACUGCUACACUCUGCCGUCAAACACUCACUGACCACCAACCUCAACACCAUCACUGGGUAAGGGCUGCGUGUGUCGUGUGUGUGCAUGUGUGCGUGUACCCUGUACUGAUAUGUGUAUUGGUGUGUGUUUGUAGGCUGUGUCCACAUGUAACUCUCUGUGUUGGUUUCAGGUGGGAGGGGGCGUGGCUGUGGAUGGACAACAUCCUGGUGCCACACCUUCAUCAGAACCCCGCCCUCCACCUGGUGGGGUUACCACGGAUACGCUGUAUACACACUCCAGACCAUAAUAAGGCCGUCUCUCUGGGGAACAGCAGUUUUACCACACGCCAGCUUCUCUCUGGCCUAUACAGCACACACUGGACCACAGCACAGUGAGUCACAGACACAGACACACACACACCAGUCCACACAAAUUAUCCUACAUGAUUCUUUGUACUCUUUUCUUCUCUCAGGUUAAAGGCUGUGUCCAUUGACUUCACCCAGUACCAUAGAGAGACUAGUCUGUUUGUGUGUGUGUCGGUUCUGCUAGAGAAGACCCAGAUACACACACUCAUCUCCUCCCUCUCCAUCCAUCCUCUACUCAUCCCCCCAUCCUCCUCAGGACCAGACCUGCAGAUUGCACUCAUGGUAACAUUUGAUAAACAAUUUGUUUAUAUGAAACAACACUAUUAUUCCCAUUCAUUUGGGAUAGGAAAUGCAAAAAUGUAAGAACUUCAAUAGGUUCCGUUCUGAGACACUCAGGUUUUGAAACCUUUCUACCCUCCCCUCCUUCCUCCCCCCCAGGUGCUUCUGCUCCUCUCUGCCCUCCUCUUUCUGGGGGUGGAGCUAUGGGCCAUGGCUACUGCCCAGUACGUGCGUCAGAGCUGGCGCUGGCUACAGCUCCUCCUCACCUCUUUGUCCCUGGCGACGGCCGCGCUGCGAUUCUGCUUCCUGUCCCAGGCUGCUUCCUGUCUGUCCCAGCACCGCUCCAUACCAGACUCCUUCACUGAGUUCCACAGUGCCGCCCUGCUGGCCAGGAGGUCCACACAGAUAUCAGCCAUACUGCUCACUCUGCUGGUACUCAAGGUACUGGAUAACUUAAAGAUAGUUCCUAAAUAUUUAUAUUAUUUGAAUGGUUCCGAACUCAAUGGGUAAGGAAUCCACAUUUUGUGCCACUACCAUCAAAAUGCUAAAAUGUGUGUUUCAGAUGGUGGGUACUCUGAGGUACGUGCGGAGGUGGGUGGUGUUUGGUCGAGUGCUUCAGCUGGCAUGGAGAGAGAUGGCUGCUGUGGCUCUACUAAUGAUCUUACUGCUGCUGCUCUUCUCUCACACUGGACACAUGGUAGGAUAUGUAAUAUGCAGUGGUGGAAAAAGUACCCAAUUGUCAUACUUGAGUAAAAGUAUAGAUACCUUAAUAAAAAGUUGCUAAAGUGAAAGUCACCCAGUAAAAUAGUACUUGAGUAAAAGUGUUUGGUUAUAAAUGUACUUAAGUAUCAAAAGUACCUGUAAUUGCUAAAAUAUACUUAAGUAUCAAAGGUAAAAGUAAAGGUAUAAAUCAUUUCAAAUUCCUCAUAUUAAGCAAACCAGACGGCACCAUUUUCUUGUUUUUUUGAGUUGUCAGGGAAAAUGUAUGGAGUAAAAAGUUCAAUAUUUUCUUUAGGAAUGUAGUGAAGUAAAAGUAGUCAAGAAUAUAAAUAGUAAAGUAUAGUACAGAUACCCCAAAAAACUACUUAAGUAGUACUUUAAAGUACUUUUACUUAAGUACUUUACACCACUGGUAAUAUGUAACAAGGUUCUCCACAGGAAUAUGUGAGACACAGCUCACUCCAUGGGAAUAUGUACUACCUAUUCAUGCAUGUAUGUUUGUGUCUCAGCUCUUCUCCGGGUCUGUGGAUGGGUUUGUGUCUGUGCACCAGGCUGGUGUGUCUGUGCUGUCUGUGCUGCGUGGUCGCCUGGUCCUCCAGAGGCUCAGCAGGGCUCACCCUGUCCUCGGACCCCUCUAUGCCCUCUCUCUGCUGGGGAUGGAAGGUUGGCUGCUGGCCCGUCUCUCUGGAGCUGUUCUGCUCCGCACGUACAGGGUUGUGCAGGCUGAGAUGUACAGGCCAGCCAUGGAGCCCCAUGACUAUGAGAUGGUGGAGUUCUUCAUCAAAAGACUGAAGCUCUGGAUGGGACUUAUUAAGGCCAAGGAGGUAUGGAGGAAAUUAAUUGAUGAAUUAAUUUAUGCAUUUUAUUCAACACAAAUUGAAACUUCUGAAAUCUCCCUCCCUUCUCUCCACAGUUCAGACACAGGGUGAAGUUUGAGGGCAUGGUGGUGCCUCCCUCCAGAUCAUCCCAAGAAUCAUGUCUCUCCACCAUCUCGUCCUCCCUCUCCUCCCCCCAUCCCCUGUCCUCCGCCCUCUCCCUGGGUUCUGAGGACUCGGGUGUGUCCGCUCCGGGAUUAGACGUUCAGCCCAACCUGGACCGCCUGCUUUCCUGCGUCAACAGUCUGCUCUCACGGUUUGACCACGUUAACCAGCUGACCGCAGACAUUCACGGUCUGGAGACGCAGCUAGAGGAGGUGCAGAGCAGGAGGAGGAAGAGGGGGCCGCAGGGACUUGGAAGAGGAGAAGAGGGAAGAGAAGGUAGAGGAGUGGCGAUGGGCAGUAGGAAAACUCUGCUACCCCCUCAAUCUCGCAUCUCCCUCCCUUCCUUUCCUCCUUCUUCUUUCAACCCCAUUACCCUUCUCUCCUGCCCUCCCUCCACCAAUCCCUCCUUCGCUCACGUUCACAGCUCCUACUCUGAGUCUGUCAUUCUCCAACCUCACCCACACCCACCCAGAGACACUCACCUCUCCGAAGCAACCAAGCUCACACAAAGGAGCUCUGGCCUGGGCUUGGGCACUGGGCCUUCCGGGUGUCCUGGAGCCAGGCAGUUUCCUAGACGUCGAGCCUGGCACUCAGGGAGUUCUCACUCGGCUGAUGCAGCUCAGAGGCCCCCCCAGGCCCCUGGUGGUGGUAUUGGGGUCAACACGAAAGCCAGGCCCUGUAGUGAGGAGGGGGACAGGAGACGUGCCAGUGAGGGACUGCCUGUGAAGAGACGGGCCUGGAUCUCAGAGGGGCCUGAGACAGACAUAGUCUAA